AUGAAGCCCGAAGUUUUGACCCGUCAUCGCGCCACGUAUUUGGCAGAUCUUUACAACUCUUUACGACAGCUUGAGACAUUUUCUGGUGAGGAUGAGCGUAUGCAGUGGUGUUGGCGGCUUCAUCAAUUACAACGGCAACAGGAACAUGAACAGCAAGAAGAUGUGCCAGAAGUGUGGACCGCUCAUAUCACUUCAUUAUUGACAGCUCUUGAGAAUCAGAUUUUAUCGUUACCACUAGAGAUUGAGGGUGAUUUAUCUCGGAUACGAGCAGCAUCAGCGUCUGCUGCUGCAGCAGUUGGUGAUCUUUGUCGUAUUAAUGAAGAAAAGAACGAGGUGCGAGAAUCAGAUCUGAUGUUGUCUCGUGGUGGGUCUUCCAUUACUAUGAUGGAGAAUGAAGUACUGGUUACGAUGGAAGACACAGGACGCGACAGUUGGGAUCAGAUACCUAGACUUUUGCAAGCUGUUGCGGGGCAAACUUUGGGUACUUUGACUAGUAUUCGAGAUCGGGGGCGGUCAUUGCCGCUAUCAAGGAUGAGAAGGAGUGAAUUUGAUGCAGCGGCGAGGAAUGAGAAAGCUGUUGAAGACUUUUCUGUUGCCGUUGGGGCUUCUAGUCAGCGGUUGUCUAUUAAUGUCGAAGAGGAGCUAGUAGAGAGUGAGGAUUUGGGUUUGUACAGGAGACAAGAGAGCAAUAGUCUACGACGUUCUGUGCCUAGCUUGCUACGAUCUAUGGCAAGUUUACUUGGUCUUUCGAUGGAGGAAACAUUUUUGUGUCAAAUCUGCUACGAUUAUGCACCGACGGACACGUCGUAUGCACUUUCAAUGUGUGGGCAUACAUUUUGUGAAACGUGCUUAACAAAUUAUCUGGAGUUUAAGGUUAAAGAGGGACAAGUGUAUCCUAAAUGUUUUUUUGAAAACUUGGAGGACAAGACGGCGUGUAAAGCUGAGAUAUUGGUAGAUGACAUUCGAUCAUUGAUUUCGGAGGAGACUUGGCAGAAGUAUAGCAAGUUCAAAUUCAACAAAGAGCAUGAGCUCGCCCGUCAAUGCCCGUACUGCGGCCACUCGCAGUUAUGUGCCGGAAGCGAUCAUCCAGAGUGCAAAUGUGAAGCGUGCAAUGGUGAUUUCUGCUUUGUGCACAGUAGUGCUCAUCAAGGUCGCACUUGUGCUGAGUACGACAAGAAAAUGAUUGCAGUGGAGAAGCUUAACAACGCGCUGAUCAGUAAAAUUUCGAAACCGUGCCCUGGUUGUCAGAAUCAUGUGGAGAAGACUGGUGGUUGCAACCAGAUGAAAUGUGUGGUGUGCACCACUAGCUUUUGCUGGAUUUGCUUGAAGGUUAUCGAUGAUAGUGUCUUUCCGGAACACUUUCAGUGGUGGAAUAUCCGCGGCUGUGCAGGCAAUCAAAUGGCGGACAUCGAGAGACAAGGUGCUGCCCAAAAAGGCUUUGGCGUGGUGACACGCGUGAUGUUUUUUGUGAUAUUUGGGCCACCAGCAUUUGUAUUGGCUGUGACAUUUUGCAUUCUCGGCUGUUUCUUCUAUCCGUGCACAGCGAAUUCUCGCCUUACGUUCCGACAAGCAUUUACAACUUGUUUUUGUGCAUCCGGGUACAUUUUGCUUGCACCAGUUGUAUUGGCAUUAGGACUUGUGGUUCUUGGUGUCUUGAUUGGUGGUGCAGUAGCUGGUGCAGCAAUAUUACUUUGUGUGUCGCCUCUUGUCGGUUUGGUACUACUCUUUCGGCGCAACUCACGGUGUCCGACAUUUAAUUGGCAGUCAAGCCCCCGCGGCUCUGACCACGUUGAAAUAGCCAUGACUGACAACGCUGAAGACGCACAUGAUCGAUCAUCGAGAGACCAAACAUUCUUUCUUGUAUUAAGUUGA